CUCGGGGCUUCGUAAAACCCAUUCAGCCAAAACCGGAAGUGUCCUUGAAAAUAGUUUGCUGCAAAACUGUUCUUGUUUUUGUUCCUUCAGCCGUCUACAAACAGCCAGCUCAUAGGAUUAAUAAAUGUUGAAGAUCCAGCUUCCUCUUCAGCCUGAAACCAUUAAAUAAAAAAGGCCCAUCAUGCCUCUGUUUCGGGUGUUGGGUGAUCGGUCUGGGGCGAAGGCUCAGCCCAAGCGGAGAGGUCCAAAGAUCAGGAAGGGGACAGGAAGAUGCUGUAUGACUGAGGAUGACGACUGUGUCCCGUCUCUACAACACAUGUGUCUGGUAAACCUCGCUGACAACAUGAAGGAGGUGUGGGUGAAGGACUACGCCGACAACUACGUUGACCAAUACUGCUUCAGAUACAUCAUGGGGCCUUUCAACUUACUACCUGGCGAGCUCGUGGAGGAGCUGACCCUGUUGCUGUGUCGCAGGAAGCAGCUGUCCCGACCGGCCCUCCACCUCCUACUAGUGCCCCAGCUCCGACACCUGUCCCUGGAGAAGUGUCCCGGGCUGGUGACCCCGGCCCUCUGUGGCCACAUCGCUGCUCGUUGCCAGGGUCUGUGCAGUCUGGACCUUUCUGGAGUCCAGCAGCUUCCUGCAAAGGUCCUCUGUGAAACUGUCCACAGCCUCCCAGCGCUUCGCUCCCUCUCCCUUGUUGGCACGCGCUGUGACCGGAGUGUCAUCCAGACGGUUGUCGACUGCUGCCGUUCGCUGAGACAUCUCAACGUGUCUCAUUGUCAUUUGCUCUCCCCGGCUUCACUGCUUCCUCUCGGCGGUGUCUGUCCGUCCUCUUCCUCUCCGUCUCAGUCAUCUGCCUCUUCUUCUCCAGCCCUGCGUCCUCCUCUCCCUCUCGGCAGCCUGUUGGCUCUGGAUAUAGGGUUUGGCGAGCAGGAGGAAGACUCCACAGUGGUAGCAGCCUAUCUCCUCCUCUCCCUUCCCUGUCUUGAGAGCGCGGCCUUGGAGGGCCUCGCUCCAGCCUGCGGCCUCCUCGAGCGCGAGGAGUUCCUCCACACGGACAAGUUCGCCGACAGGGAGAGAGUUCCUCGGAUGGAGGAGGUGCGGAGGGAGAGGACGCGGCACCGGGGCGGGGACAGUUGGGAGAGGAGGAGAGGUUGCGACGCAGCUGAGAGUGACGAGGAAGAGGGCGUGUGCGCGACGAAGGAUGAGAGUGAGGAUGAUGAUGAGCCACCUUGCAGCCGUGCAGAAGUAAAACAGAAAUCUCCGUCCCGAUCAGAACUGGUUCUGCAGCUGAGGAGUGUCCAGGGUGUGACCUGUGUCUCUCUGGACUGUUUGAGUCGUUUAUGUCCAGACAUGAGGUCAGUAUCUGUGAACGUUGAUCCGUACAGCAACGGAAGACAACGGGAAUCUCUGCUGGCAGCAGACCUGAAGCCGUGGGUCGGGCUGCUGCGGAGCCUUUCAUUUCAGUAUCCUGGUCCGCUGGAGGAUCUUCUUAUUCCCUUACAAGUUGCAGGCUCCUCUCUGCUCUCUCUCUCCCUGGAGGGGGUGAAAACCAGCGCCCACAGCCCACUGCUGGAGGUCAUCAGGGCUUGUCCCAGACUCAGAGAUUUUCACAUCUCUGCCGAGCCUCCUGUUCCGUUACAGAUUGAGGAUGAGGAUGAUUGGGAUCUCCCGCAGCUGCCACAACUCCACUCAUUCAAACUCAGUUUCUCCUACGAUCACAACCAAAAGAAGCCCUUCAUGUUUUGGAUGUCCCUGACGAAGGUGCUCACGUGUCUCCUGACCGGCUCGCCCCUGCUGGAGAAGCUCUCCCUGAUCUCCCUGCCGUGUCCUCUGAACAGCGUCCUGCAGGACGUGCUGCUGCACGUGAGCUCGGGCUCGCCGGCCCCACCGCCGCUGCCGCUCGGACGGGUACAACACCUCGACCUGACGCGGACAGACGUGCAGAUGGUAACGGUGAAGAACAUAAUGCAGCGGAGCAGGAGGCUGAAGUGUGUGGACGUUAGUCACUGCUGGCAGAUCACUCAGCUCCAGUGGCUGGACUGCAAGAGGUUCAGAUCAGUGGAGGUCGUCUGGGUGUAGUGAAGAGACGAGACGAGAUGUUAAGUAUAUUUAAAAAAAAAUUACAACUAUGCAAUUUUUUAACCUCUGCUGCACAAAUAUCACAAUCUCUAAAAUAAACUACUGUAUGUAUUUUUA